AAGAAGCCCACGCCACUCUAUCCCAGAGCUCUCGAUGGUGUUUCUCCGGCUUCAGGGCUGGAGUGGGGGUGGAGGGCGGGAAAAACCACAGGGAGAAAACAUAGAGUACCCCGGCAGCCGGCAAGAGGAAGAGAGAGUGGCUUCCACAUCUCCAAUAUCCUAGAGGCGGCUGGGCCGGAGGCGGUCGCACAAAGGGGGCACCGGGGGCCGCUCCAGCCGCGGCCGACCAUAGAGAUGCGGCUCCAGCGGGGUCUGGAGGUGAGUGAGUAGCUGCGGGGCGGAACUGGCAAGGGAACGCGGGUGGAGCAAGCUGGAGGCAAAGUUUUUCGAGCCCCGGGAUCAGGGUGGGCCUGGGCGCUGGGAACUCUCGGGAGGAGGUACUGAAGGGAGCACCCAGAGGAGCUGGGCCCCGGCACCGCAGUCGCGUCACGCUUCUGGACCCCGCCCGGUACCCGCUGCUCUCAGGACCAAAAUCAUGACGAUGCUCCAUCCCAAGCCUUCCAGGUUACAAGCUGCCUUUCCCGUUCGCUGGCUCUUAUGAUCUAGCUCCCGCCCGACUAUGUGGACACUGUCAUCACCUCCAUUUUACAGACAGGAAAGCUGAGGCCCAGAGAAGCGAUGCGACUCUGUCUGUCCAAAGCUAUGCGUCCUCCUGCCCGGAAGAUAAGCGUAUUUCUUCUCUUGUGCCCACCUGUCUCCUACCUCACCCUGCCCUCCCCCAGGUGAAGGUUCUUAAUCUUGACGGCUCAGCGUCCUCCUUGGCUCCCCCCGGAGGCCAUGUAUGGCCAAGCUGGAAGAUUCCCCAGAGCAGCGAUAAUAUUCACAUUUAAGAGGCCAAAACACACAAGUCGGUGGUGAUGACAGACCCACUUUUGGACUCACAGCCAGCCCAUAGCACCGGAGAGAUGGAUGGACUGUGUCCUGAGCUAUUGCUGAUCCCCCCGCCUCUCUCUAACCGUGGAAUCCUGGGGACUGUCCAGAGCCCCUGUCCUUCCGGGGACCCUGCGCCUUUGCCUACUGAGCCAGGCUGCCUGCUGGUAGAGGCCACAGCAACUGAAGAGGGACCAGGGAACGUGGAGAUCAUUGGAACAGUAGCUGGAACCCUGACCCCAGGUGCUCCUGGAGAGACCCCAGGUGUCCUGGUAAAGGUGGUGGAGGUGUACUUCUGUGAGCGCUGUGAACAGAGCUUCGCAGAGCCCACUCUGCUGGCCCUGCACCAGUGCAGUGAGACCCAUAUACAGCCUGUGCAGGGCCUCUCUAGCCCCCCAUGCUCUGUAGAGCUGCCUCCCGGCAACCCAACCCUCCCUGGCCCUCUGCAGGGCCAGAGCCCACCAGUUAGUCCCCUAUCAUGCCCUGUGUGUAGACAGGAGUUUGCCCAACCCCAGGCCCUGAAGAGCCACUUCAAGAUUCACCGGGGCACUCCUGACACCUUCUCCUGCCCAGAAUCUGGCUGUGUGUUCUCUGCUGAAGAUCGCAAGGGUCUGCAGCACCACCUGAGGCAGACUCACAGAGCAGUUCCUGUGCCCUGUUCUUUCCGGGGCUGCCCCCUGCUUUUCGGGAGCCAGCAGGGCAUGGAGCUGCACCGGCAGGCGCAUUACCCUUUCCACUGCAGCCACUGCAGCUUCAUGGGCUCCAACGUCAAACUCUUCCGGCAGCAUCAGCGGAGCCAUGGUGCUGGGACACAGGGAGAACUUUCUGCCGUUCAGGGCCUUCCAUCCCAGGAGCUGCUGCCAGCUCCCAAACUGCCUCCAGGAGGGAGAGAACCUUCACAGGAAGCAGGUACACCCCUGCCUGGGCAAGAGACAGCUGAAGAGGAGAAUGUAGAGAAAGAAGAGAAGAGUGACACCCAGAAGAACUCCCAGAAGGCUGUGGAUAAAGGCCAAGGGGCUCAGCGGCUAGAAGGGGAUGUGGUCUCUGGCACCGAGUCCCUCUUCAAGACCCAUAUGUGUCCAGAGUGUAAGCGCUGCUUUAAGAAACGGACCCAUCUGGUGGAGCACCUUCAUCUCCACUUCCCAGACCCCAGUCUCCAGUGCCCCAACUGCCAGAAGUUCUUCACCAGUAAGAGCAAGCUCAAGACCCAUCUGCUGCGGGAGCUGGGUGAAAAGGCCCACCACUGCCCACUGUGCCACUAUAGUGCGGUGGAGAGGAAUGCACUCAACCGCCACAUGGCCAGCAUGCAUGAAGAUAUUUCCAACUUCUACUCAGAUACCUAUGCCUGUCCUGUCUGCCGUGAGGAAUUCCGCCUCAGCCAGGCCCUCAAGGAGCACCUCAAGAGCCACACGGCAGCAGCUGCAGCAGAGCCGUUACCCCUUCGCUGCUUUCAGGAGGGCUGCAGCUAUGCAGCACCCGACCGCAAGGCCUUCAUUAAGCACCUGAAGGAGACGCAUGGGGUGCGGGCUGUGGAGUGCCGCCAUCACUCAUGUCCCAUGCUCUUUGCCACAGCCGAAGCCAUGGAGGCCCACCACAAGAGCCACUACGCCUUCCACUGCCCCCACUGUGACUUUGCUUGUUCCAAUAAGCACCUAUUCCGUAAACACAAGAAGCAGGGCCACCCUGGCAGUGAAGAGCUGCGCUGCACCUUCUGCCCCUUUGCCACCUUCAACCCAGUGGCUUACCAGGAUCAUGUAGGCAAGAUGCAUGCUCAUGAAAAGAUCCACCAGUGUCCUGAGUGCAGCUUUGCCACUGCCCACAAGAGGGUGCUCAUCCGACACAUGCUUCUACAUACCGGUGAGAAGCCUCACAAAUGUGAGCUGUGUGACUUCACAUGUCGAGACGUGAGCUACCUAUCGAAGCACAUGCUGACCCACUCCAACACCAAGGAUUACAUGUGCACUGAAUGUGGCUAUGUCACCAAGUGGAAGCACUACCUCCGUGUGCACAUGCGAAAACAUGCAGGAGACCUCAGGUAUCAGUGCAACCAGUGCUCCUAUCGCUGCCACCGGGCUGAUCAGCUGAGCAGCCACAAGCUGCGGCAUCAGGGCAAGUCUUUGAUGUGUGAGGUGUGUGCCUUCGCCUGCAAGCGGAAGUAUGAGCUGCAGAAGCACAUGGCUUCCCAGCACCACCCCGGCACAACGGCCCCGCUCUACCCUUGUCACUACUGCAGUUACCAGAGCCGCCACAAGCAGGCUCUGCUGAGCCAUGAGAACUGCAAGCAUACCCGCCUCCGUGAGUUCCACUGUGCCCUCUGUGACUACCGCACCUUCAGCAACACCACACUCUUGUUCCACAAACGCAAGGCCCAUGGCUAUGUGCCUGGAGACCACGCCUGGCAGCUCCGCUACGCGAGCCAGGAGCCAGAAGGGGCCAUGCAGGGCCCGACACCCCCACCAGAUUCAGAGCCCUCAAGCCAGCUGUCUGCCCAGUCUGAGGGGCCAGGUCACGAACCUGGGACUGUGGUGGAUCCCAGCUUGGACCAGACCCUGCCAGAGACAAGUGAGGAGGUCAACACUGGAAGACAGGAGGGCAGUGAGGCUCCCCAUGGGGUUGAGCUGGCUGGCAGUUCCAGCCCAGCAGAGGUGGAAGAGGGCAGCUGCACACUACACCUAGAGGCCCUGGGAGUAGAGCUGGAGUCUGUGACUGAGCCACCCCUUGAGGAGGUCACUGAAACAGCCCCUAUGGAGUUCAGGCCCCUGGGACUGGAAGGGCCAGAUGGACUGGAAGGACCAGAGCUAUCUAACUUUGAAGGUAUUGGGACUUCUGACUUGGGUGCUGAAGAAAAUCCCCUUCUGGAAAAGCUAGCGUCGGAGCCCUCCACAAAUCCAUCCUUAGAGGAGGCCCCUAACAACUGGGUAGGAACCUUCAAGGCAACUCCACCUGCUGAGACAGCACCCUUGCCCCCGUUACCUGAGUCAGAGUCGUUACUCAAGGCUCUAAGGAGACAGGAUAAAGAACAAGCAGAGGCAUUGGUGCUGGAGGGGCGGGUGCAGAUGGUAGUGAUCCAGGGAGAGGGGCGAGCCUUCCGCUGCCCACACUGCCCUUUUAUCACUCGCCGGGAGAAGGCCCUGAAUCUGCACUCCAGGACUGGGUGCCAGGGCCGUCGAGAGCCCCUGCUGUGCCCUGAGUGUGGGGCUAGCUUCAAGCAACAGCGUGGCCUCAGCACCCACCUGCUAAAGAAGUGCCCUGUUUUGCUCAGAAAGAACAAGGGCUUGCCCAGACCAGAUUCACCCAUCCCUCUGCAACCUGUGCUCCCGGGUACCCAGGCCUCAGAGGACACAGAAGGUGGGAAGCCCCCACCUGCACCACUAGAAGCAGAGCUACUGCUUCCGAAAGAUGUUCCUUUGGAGCUUCCCAGGGAGCCAGAGGAAACAGAAGAGCCUCUUGCCACAGUCUCUGGUUCCCCAGUCCCUCCUGCAGGAAACUCCUUGCCCAGAGAGGCCCCUAAGAAGCACUGCUUUGACCCAGUCCCUCCUGCAGGAAACUCCUCGCCUACAGAGGCCCCGAAGAAACACCGCUUUGAGCAGGGCAAGUUUCACUGCAACUCCUGCCCAUUCCUUUGUUCCCGGCUCUCCUCUAUUACCUCUCACGUGACUGAAGGCUGCAGGGGAGGACGUGGCGGGGGAGGAAAACGAGGGACCCCCCAGACCCAGCUUGUGUCCCCAUUGAGCAAUGGGGACUCUGCUCCCCUGAAGAAUGGGAGUACAGAGUCCAGCUCUGGUGAUGGGGAUAUAGUUCUGGUUCAAAAGCAGAAGGGGGCUCGCUUCUCCUGCCCCACAUGUCCCUUUAGCUGCCAGCAGGAACGGGCUCUGAGGACUCACCAGACCCGGGGCUGUCCCCUCGAGGAGUCUGGAGAGCUGCACUGCAGCCUCUGCCCAUUCACUGCUCCUGCUGCCUCUGCCUUGAGGCUCCACCAGAAGCGGAGGCACCCCACUGCAGCCCCAGCCCGUGGGCCCCGGCCCCAUCUGCAGUGUGGGGACUGUGGCUUCACCUGUAAACAGAGCCGGUGCAUGCAGCAGCACCGGCGGCUCAAGCACGAGGGGGUGAAGCCUCAUCAGUGCCCCUUCUGUGACUUUUCCACCACCAGACGGUACCGGUUAGAGGCUCACCAGUCCCGACACACAGGCAUUGGCCGCAUCCCCUGCAGCUCUUGCCCCCAGACAUUUGGUACCAACUCGAAACUGCGCUUGCACCGGUUAAGGGUACAUGACAAAACACCCACCCACUUCUGUCCACUUUGUGACUAUAGUGGCUACCUUCGCCAUGACAUUACUCGUCAUGUCAACAGCUGCCACCAAGGCACCCCAGCCUUUGCCUGCUCCCAGUGUGAAGCCCAGUUCAGCUCAGAGACAGCACUUAAGCAGCAUGCUCUGCGCCGACACCCCGAGCCUGCACAGCCUGCCCUUGGCUCUCCUGCAGAGACCACUGAGGGCCCCCUGCACUGUUCCCGCUGUGGGUUGCUGUGCCCCAGCCCUGCCAGCUUACGAGGACACACCCGUAAACAGCACCCACGGCUUGAGUGUGGGGCCUGCCAGGAGGCCUUCCCUAGCCGACUGGCUCUGGAUGAGCAUCGGAGGCAGCAGCAUUUCAGCCACCGCUGUCAGCUCUGUGACUUUGCUGCCCGGGAGCGGGUGGGCCUGGUGAAGCACUACCUGGAACAGCAUGAGGAGACUUCAGCAGCUGUGGCAGCCUCAGAUGGGGAUGGGGAUGCUGGCCAGCCCCCUCUGCACUGCCCCUUUUGUGACUUCACGUGCCGCCAUCAGCUGGUACUAGAUCACCAUGUGAAAGGGCAUGGGGGCACUCGUCUCUACAAGUGCACCGAUUGUGCUUACAGCACCAAGAACCGGCAGAAGAUCACCUGGCACAGCCGUAUUCACACUGGGGAAAAGCCUUACCACUGUCACCUCUGCCCUUAUGCCUGUGCUGAUCCCUCUCGCCUCAAGUACCACAUGCGGAUCCACAAGGAGGAACGGAAGUACCUGUGCCCUGAGUGUGGCUAUAAGUGCAAGUGGGUCAACCAGCUCAAAUACCACAUGACCAAGCACACAGGACUGAAGCCAUACCAGUGUCCCGAGUGUGAGUACUGCACCAACCGGGCUGAUGCACUGCGUGUGCACCAGGAGACCCGGCAUCGAGAAGCACGGGCUUUCAUGUGUGAGCAGUGCGGCAAGGCCUUCAAGACGCGCUUCCUGCUGCGCACCCACCUUCGCAAGCACAGUGAGGCCAAACCCUAUGUGUGCAACGUGUGCCACCGUGCUUUCCGCUGGGCUGCUGGCCUGCGCCAUCAUGCCCUCACCCACACCGACCACCACCCCUUCUUUUGCCGCCUCUGCAACUACAAGGCCAAGCAAAAGUUCCAGGUGGUCAAGCACAUACGCAGGCACCACCCUGACCAAGCCGACCCAAACCAGGGUGUGGGCAAAGACCCCACCACCCCCACAGUGCACCUGCAUGAUGUGCAGCUGGAGGAUCCCAGCCCUCCUGCUCCUGCCGCUCCCCACACUGGACCUGAGGGCUGAAAGCCUGCCCCACCUCCUGAAUAGGAAGAGGGUAUGGUCUGGGAUGUGCAGACUGGGAUCAGCACUAACCUGAGGAGCCUAAGGAAGGACUGGCUUUUGGGGAGCAAGGGUGACUAGAACCCUCCUGGGACUCUGGCUAUAGUACUUUGAAAUUAUCACCCAUAUAAAAGGGGGACUGGACUACAAUGUUGAUUUCUUAUUGCUGUACAUUGUGUUUUUAACCUGUGAGUUCCCGGUUUCUUCACCAUCACUCCAUCAAAGUCCCUGGCUAUAAGAUCUGGAUUUUACCCACUCAAUCUUCUCUUUCCUUCUUACUGUGUCAAGUCCUAUUUUCUUUCAGAAUCUUCUAAAAACGGUUGUAUCUAACCGCAUGUGCUGUUUUGCCUGAUGCUCUAUAAAGCAUGUUAAACAGAAA